UGAAAGGAAUGAAGAAGGAGAUACUUUGGGAAAGGCCGAUACAGGUUGGGAGGGUUAAUCAUCUGCCUAUAGGAGUUAGGCACUGCCUCCACCUUAUCACCCUCUCAAGGCUUCAAGCUGAUCCCUGGAUCACAUGUUGGAUUUUACUGUUGCCUUUCCAGCCUGAUCCUUUCAGGCACACUUCACUACAGCUCAGCCAUGGCCAAGGCAGUUCCACGCACUGUGCUGAUCACCGGUUGCUCCUCGGGCAUCGGGCUGUGCAUGGCAGUGCAACUAGCACGGGAUCCAGGAAGGCGAUUUCACGUCAUUGCCACAAUGCGUGACCUGCGCAAAAAGGACAAGCUGGAGGUGGCAGCCGGGGACACACUCAACCAGACCCUCACCAUUCGGCGCCUGGAUGUCUGUAGUGAUGAAUCUGUAGCUGAAUGCAUUAACAGCCUUCCUGAGAAACAGCUGGAUGUGUUAGUGAACAAUGCCGGUGUGGGGCUCAUUGGGCCCCUGGAAACCAUCAGCAUCGAUGCCAUGAAACACAUCUUUGAGACCAACUUCUUUGGUGCUGUCCGCAUGAUCAAGGCUGUGCUUCCUGCAAUGAAACAGCAUCAGAAAGGGCACAUUGUGGUCAUCAGCAGUGUCAUGGGAUUGCAAGGUAUCCCUUUCAACGAUGUCUAUGCUGCCUCCAAGUUCGCCAUCGAGGGUUUCUGUGAAAGCCUUGCUGUGCAGCUUCUCAAAUUCAAUAUCUUCAUCUCUCUGGUAGAGCCUGGCCCUAUAAACACCGAAUUUGAGAUGAAGCUGAUGGAGGAAGUGGCCAAGUCUCAGUUCCCAGGAGUUGAUGCUGCCACUGUGCACUCCUUCAAGGACAUCUACUUACCAGCCUCACAUGAAAUAUUCACCACCAUGGGCCAGUCCCCUGAGUUUGUGGCUAAGGCUGUGGUCAAUGUCAUUGCAAAAGAACGGCCACCAUUCCGGACCCAGACAAACCCUCUGUACACACCAUUGGUGGCCCUAAAGUAUGCCGACACCUCCGGUGAACUGUCCGUCAGUGCCUAUUACAACCUACUUUUUCGUUUCACCAGACUUUUCUACAUCUGUACAAGCUUCCUCAAAUGCAUUACAUGUCGGUGUUUUCGGCGCCAGAUCACACCUACCUGAGAUCAAGCAGAGAAUGGCUUUGAUGGUGGUGUAUGCUCACUCCUCAAAUGUCUUGCUAAAAACUACUAACCAGAUUCAUUUAUGUGUAUAAGAGAUUUUACUAGGGACAAAGCCAUUUUUAUUUUAAGGAUAGUAAGUCCUGGUGAUUGUGUAGUGUGGUGUCAGAGUGAUGGGAGGUGGCAGAUUAAGCAAGUUCUUCAGAGCCAGCAGGUUGAUUCCACAGCAAAAAUCAGAAGUCCAAAUAUCCUAAUCAUGGGGACAAACACUGGGAAGAAGAGCUCACAAUUCAUCAUGCAGUGGCAAAUCAUGUCACCUCCAUUAAACGCAACUUAUUAACAUAAAUAGGAAAGUAAAAGCUACGAAAUGCCUGACUGGAAACCCUGGAUAGACCAGCAUUCACAAUUUCCUCUGUGGUCCCUUUGCCAGUUUUGGCAUACCUAUUUUUUAUGACUAAAAUGGUCACUGGGAUGGGCAAUAUUUUUUUUCCUGAUUAAAUCCCCCAAUUCAACUUUUCAAACAGCUAAAACGGCUAGUUAACAAAAUCACUGGAUGA